AUGCAAAAUCAUUCUUUUUUUAUUCUUUCUCUUAUUUUCUCUUUAUUCUUUCUUUUCUUUUCUGAUAUAUUUCCUCUUUUCUUUAUCGCAAAAGUGUCCUUUUUUUUUUUUUUUUUGCAUUUCUUUGUUGAGAGCUACUUCGUAUUUAUUGGUCUCCAUUCCUUGUUUUUGCGUUUUUCUUUAUCCCAGAUUCUUUCGUUUUCCUUCUUCUGUCAUUUAUUUUUCUCUCUUUUCAUUUCUAUUUUUUUUCUUUCUUUUAUUUAUUGCUCUAUCAUUGAUUUCAUUUCUUUUCCGACGUUGCAAAUUUUUCAUUACUUUAAAUCCUUUUUUGUUUUCUUCUUUUCAUAUUUUUCUUUGGUUUGUUCUUUUGUUUUUUUUUUCGAUCUUUUCUUUCUUUCAUUCUUUCUUUCUUUCUUUCUUUCUUUCUUUCUUUCUUUCUUUUCAUAUUUCUUCUUCAACAUCAUUCUCUUCCUUCUACUCUUCUUUCUUCUUCUUCUUCUUCUUCUUCUUCUUCUUCUUCUCCUUCUUCUUUUUCUUCUUCUUCUUCUUAUUAUUAUUCUUUUAAUGAGUUUUUUCCUUUCACCAUGUUCUCUUUCUCUGUGUCUUCCUUCUUCUUCUUCUUCUUCUUCUUCUUCUUCUUCUUCUUCUUCUUCUUCAUCAUCAUCAUCAUCUUUGUUUUUUUUUCCUCCAACUUCGCAAUCAUCUUUUUCUCCCGCCAUUUCUUCAUUUAUUCUAUAUUUUCUUCUUCUGAUCGUAUUUUUCUUCUUAUUAUUCUUUUUCACUUUUUUGUUCCAACUUUGCCAUCUUCUUUUUCUUCUUCUUUUUCUUCCUCUUCUUCUUUUUCUUUUUCUUCUUCUUCUUCGUUUUAUUACUUUUCCUUCCAACUUGUCCAUCUUUCUUUUUCUUCUUCUCCAUCUUUCUUUUUCUUCUUCUUUUUCUUCUUCUUCUUCUUCUUCUUCUUCACUUUCUUCUUCUCGUUUUCUUCUUCUUCUUCUUCACUUUAUUACUUUUUGUUCUAACUUCUCGAUCUUUCUUUUCCUUCUUCUCCAUCUUUCUUUUUCUUCUUCUUCUUCUUUUUCUUCUUCUUCUUCUCUUUCUUCUCCUUUUCUUCUUCUUCUUCACUUUAUUACUUUUUGUUCCAACUUUGCCGUUUUUUUCUUAUUAUUAUUCUUUUUCUUCUCAUUUUAUUACUUUUCGUUCCAACUUCUUCUUCUUCUUCUUUUUUUUUUUUCUUCUUCUUCUUCUUCUUCUUCUUCUUCUUCUUCUUCUUCUUCUUCCAACUGCUGUUGUUGCUCCUCAUUUUCACCCAAUUCUCUUCCCUUUCUUUUCUCAUUUAUUUUGCAAUUUUGUCAUUCUUUUACUUCUUUUUCUUUCUUUCUUUCUUUCUUUCUUUCUUUCUUUCUUUCUGUUCCAAUUCUUUCUUUCUUUCUUUCUGUUCCAAUUCUUUCUUUCUUUCUUUCUUUCUUUCUUUCUUUCUUUCUUUCUUUCUUUCUUUCUGUUCCAAUUCUUUCUUUCUUUCUUUCUGUUCCAAUUCUUUCUUUCUUUCUUUCUUUCUUUUCUUUCUUUCUGUUCCAAUGUUUCAAUUUUUCUUUCUUUCUUUUUUCUUUCUUUCUUUCUUUCUUUCUUUUUCGUUUGUUUCAUUCUUCUUUCCCUUAUUAUUUCUCUUUCUCUUUCUCACUUUCUUUUUCUUUCUUUCUUAGUUUGUUUCCUUCUUGCUUGACUUAUUUUUUCUUUUUCUCUCACAGUUUUUCUUUCUUUCUUUCUUUCUUUCUUUCUUUCUUUCUUUCUUUCUUUCUUUCUUUCUUUCUUUCUUUCUCUCUUUCUUUCUUUCGUUUCUUUUCUUUCUUUCUUUUCUUUUCCGCAAAUUUGAGUUUUUCAUUCUUUCUUUCUUUCUAUUUUCAUUCAUUUCUUUCUUUCUUUUUUCUUUCUUUCUUUCUUUCUUUCUUCCUUUCUUUUUUUUUCUUUAUUUUCUUGAGACUUUUCCCGUUUUCUGCUUCUUUUUCUUAUAGUGCAAAUUGCAUUUUGCUGUUUCUUUCUUUCUUUUUUAUUUCAGGUUCAAAUCUUUUUCUUUCUUCACGUCUUAAAUUUUUCUUCUCACAAAUGUUUCUCACCUUUUUCUUUCUUUUUAAAUGUUUUCGAUUUAUUCGUAAAGAGAUUUUUUUUCCUUCAAACUCAUUCUUCGUUUCCCCGACACUCUUCUUCUUCUUCUUCUCUCCUUCUUCUUCUUCUUCUUCUUCUUCUUCUUCUUCUUCUUCUUCUUUUUUUCUUCUUCUUCUUCUCUUCUUCUUCUUCUUUCUUUCUUUUAUCAUUUCCAUUUUUUUCUUAACUCAUUCUUUUUUCUUUUUCUUUCUUUUUCUUUCUUUCCUUCUUUUUCUUUCUUUCUUUCUUUCUUUCUUUCUUUCUUUCUUUCUUUUUUUUUCAUCUUCUCACUGA